GGUCAACCACCCACGUCAGACAUUUAAGCGCCCAGCUUUAGGUCGUUUCACCUCACUACCGACAAAUCACAACGCAAUCAUUCCCCGUCUGCAUGCCACACAAUGGGCGGCUAGCAACAGAGCCCGACCCCCCUGUUCAUUGGUCGAGACUAUAAUUGAUAUUCGAACCGCUAAUAAGGAGCACACAUCGACGACCAGGAUGCUGCUUGCGGGGGGCUGUGGCAGGCGGCAGGCGAGGCUGAGGUACAUAUGUCUCUGGUGAGAUUCGCCCCUCGGCCGAGUUUCAACAGAGGAAAAUAAGAAGUCAAGAUGGAAUUGAAUUCUUGCUGUGGACGACUGGUUUAAUGCAGUGGUUUUGCACUGUGUGGGCGUUGUCUAGUUGCCCCUCUUGUAUGUGGUCCAGCCAGUAUGUCUAGUGGAUGGGAUCAAUUCACGGAUAAUCUUGCGACGGAUUUGGCACCACUUAUUACCCUCUUCGGUGAACGCCUCACGAAGCAGUUUCUCUCCGAGUCGACCAGUCUUCUAGACAACUUGAUCUUUGCCUUUUCCCCUCUGGGAAUUUUGACUGCGGUUGUUUCAGUUAUUCGGGUUUGCGGAAACUCAACACUGCGCGCAUUUAUUGGACGGGCUCAAGAAGGCCCAGGAGAGGCGGAGCAUGAGCUCCUCUCGUGCGUUUCCGAGACUACGGCCGAAUUAUUCAACAACGGUGGCAUAUCUAGGGUAUUUGGACGACCUCAAAUUCUCGAGGUAGUAGUAUGGAAUGAAAUCGAUCCUACUACCAAGGAGACCGUUCGAAAAAUUGGAACGCUGCAUCAAGCUAUCCUGGAAAAUGCUUGGAUUGUGGGGGAGGGCCGCUCAAUGCUGGACAUUAGGGGGUAUAUGCCGGAGCUUGAUAUCCCAAACUUGUCGUUGAAUAAAGGCAUUAAACGGAGGAGCCAGGGCUGGUUCUACUGCGCUGCGGCGCUAGGCAUUGGUUUGCAAAUAGGUACACUCGCAUAUGCUGCGGUCACGGUUUUUAUAUAUCCCAAGCAAUUUCUCAAAGAUGGAGACCCGGUGCAGAGCUACGCGUUCCCGUUAUUUGUAUUUGGCUCGGUGUUGCUCUGUAUGGGAAUGUUUCUUUGCGCAUACAUCAUCGAACGCUCUUCUACUGAGUGUUAUCUUCACCCUGCAACACCAAGUACGAUGUAUUGGUUACAACCCGGGCGACAGGACGUUGGCGACCAAGUUUUUGGUGCUUUUCUUGGAGUCGAUGAAGGCUACGAAGCCCCACCCACGGACGAUUUGGCGUACGUCAAAUCCGUGAGAGGACGUGGACGUAACGAAAGGGGGCCACUUCUGUUAUUCACCAUACUGAUCACCUUGAUCGGGUUUGUCGUCCAAUUUGUCGGCAUCCGCGGGCUGCACUCGUCUGUUAUCAUAGCAGUAAUGGGGUCGACAUUGUUGAUGGCCAUUGUGCGGACAUGCCUCCGGGCCAAAAGAAUCGGCCCCGAAGAGAAUCGUAUGACGGAGGCUGAGCGGCAACUGACGGCUCACAAGAACCAAGAGUUGGACUGCUUCGCUUUUCACCUGGAGAACGUGCACACCUUCAGUAUCAUCUCGAGCAGCACCAGACGUCCCCAGUCCAGCACCCAACCGUCUGACGAUGUAUCAACCGAAAGUGCGACACCUCCAACUAGUCUGGGAACUCGACUGAUACGAACGAGAACCCGCUUAGCUCAGCUUACCUCAAUCCAAAGCCACCACCCGAGUAUGAAUUGGGACGGCCUCCCUAUACGCCAGGCCGCGCAGAGCCUCGCAAAUACGAUCGAAAAGACGAUGAAUCUCGUGUCCAGCUGGAAGGCCACAACUGACGACACAGCAGAGUUUGAUAUUGCGUUUGUGUGCGAUGAGUAUCAUCUAUACCCAAAUGCAGAUGUGGAAACGUAUACGAUCACACUUUCAAGGCCUGACGGAACGCUACAUUGGCGGGUUGACGAAAAUGAGCUGGAGGCCAUCCUUGGACUAUGGGCUUGGUAUUUGAUCAAGAUCAAUCCAGAUUGGGUCCAUCACAACUUUGGCAGGCUUGUGGGGCUGAAUCUAGCCCAGGCUACCGCCGAGGAAACCGAUCUCGACUAUUAUAGAUGGAUAUACCGGCAUACGGAACCGAAGAUGGUUUCGAAGAGCAUGGUAAACCUCCCUGACCAGAUGUUCGGUAACUGGUCAGAAGAGUACCUCGACGACAGGGAGAUUCUGGCGGUAAAAACCGGGAACUGCUUGGAGAUCAUGGUCGCUCAAGAUAUCUACGUGCAGUUUCUCAGGAGCACUCUCGGGAACCUACAACACUUGGGCGGUGAUGUUGAUCUGCAGCACGGCCCACAAAGCGGAUUCUUCGUCUACAAUAGCCGCCUGGAUGAGUUAGUUAACUGCUUUGAAUCCGCCAAUUUGGGUACCCGAGAAGAUGCAUUGCUGUGUAUUGUGCCGGUGUUGCAAGACCAGUGCAUGUUGCCCGAGCUGGCAGGCGACUCGAAAAACAUAAGAACGCGUGUCGGGCAAGCCAUAGCAAACAACAACUGGCCAAAUGCAUUUUCGAUCCUUCACUGGCUUUGUGAGCGUUCACAUGGAGCCGAGUUUGAGCAUUCGCUGUUCGAGCUAGGCUACCUCUGCCGUCGUGCCAUGGUCCAUCCUGAUACCGACAUCCAGAAUGAAGGGUAUAACCAAGUAUAUAUUGCAGUAGAAGACGACCCAAGAGCAAGAUUUUUCAAGACUUCGAAGAUUCAACGAUCAGCCGAGUGGAUGUCCACAGAUAGGCGACCGGAGCGUUGGAGUGAAUUCGUCUCGCAACUUGGGUGGAUCGCCUGGAACAUGGCUGAAAACCACUGUGACAAAAGAGCUAUACAGGAGCGCUUGGAAAACUUUGGAAUAAACGCAAGAUCCGUCCCCGAAUCCGAAGUGAACAGCAGUCUAGCUGAGGGACAGGCAGCAGAGCAGGCCGUGCUACAGUGGCUGACCACUAGCGACGAAAAGUUCCUCAAUCGUCAGGGCCCCGGGAUGGAGGACCGGUCGGCACUGGACUGGGUAUGUCAGAAUGGCCACCAUGCUCUCAUGCAUUGGCUCAUCACCAGAUGGGUCGAAUAUGACGAUAAGAGGCCAGGGCUCGUCUACAACGCUCUCCUCUGGGCCGCUGAAGGACGUUAUCGAGAAGCAAUUGCCGCGCUCUGUCGACGAGGAGUGGAUAUCAACAUGCACGAGCCAGAUGACGAAAGCGGUCUUACACCAUUGAUGCGGACAAUUGCAGUGACAGACCGAAGCGCAGCUCUGGUGUUGCUUGAAGUUGGGGCCGACGUCAACGGUAGAGAUAAACGAGGGGCAACUCCAUUGAUGACCGCUAGUAACACAGGAGACGAGGAGACAGUUCUCCGUCUCUUGUCCCUUAGUGCCCAGAUCAAUGCACAGGAUAACAACGGGUUCAGCCCACUCUUCUGGUCGACGAUCAGCAACCAAGUGGCCGUUGCUAAGAUACUCCUAGACCACGGUGCCCGUGUCGACCUAGGUGGAUUUGGUGUAAGUACACCACUGAUCAAUGCUGCAGCAGAGGACCUCGUGGAGAUGGUAAAGCUGCUUCUCUCCCGAGGCGCAGAUGUAAACGUCCAAACAUACGAGGGUUCUACGGCAUUGAUUCUUGCAACCCGAAAUAAAAACACAGAGGUUGUGAAGCUACUGUUGGAUUACCACGCCGACGUCCAUAAACAGACGUCAAGUGAUGAAACCGCCCUUGACUGGGCAGAAGGGAUGUGCUAUCUCGAGGGGAUUGAAUUAUUAAAGCAGGCAUAUUCAAGAUCAUCAUGAAGGGACUCAAGAGCGGUUUACAUAUGUUGAUG